AUGGGCGAAAGCAGCUUCAAUGCAGAGGCGGUGCCCUCCCAACCGGCGUUUAACCUCACAACUGUCGACAAAUGGACACUAGAGCAGACGGACGAGACGUUCAAGAAGCAUGAUUGGGAGGACCUGAGGAGGAUCAUUGAAUCCAAUAAGCUGGAGGACUUUAAACGCACACCGACGGAGCUACGCAAAUAUCUCGAGUGGACCGCUGGCAUAAAGGCACAGUACGGGUCCAUCACCGAGUAUCUCAUGACGAACCGGCUGCCGGCCGCCUGGGGCCGGCCACCGUUCACGCCCACGUCGACGGUGCCGCUGGCCGCCGCGUCCGACUACACGAUCCUGCUCAACGACUGGCCGUACGCGCUGGCGCCGGGCAUCACGCACAUCAUCGUGUGGACGCGCACGCGCAUCCCCGCGGACGACGACAAGGGCGAUUUGCUGCCGGAGAGCCGCCGCUUGAUUGGCGACUUUGUGCAGCGCACGUUUGUGGACGAGCUGGGGCCGGGCGGCGCGGACCGCGUGUUGUGGUUCAAGAACUGGGUGGCGCUGCAGAGCGUGCGCGCGCUGGAGCACUUUCACGUCCUGGUCAAGGACGUCGAUCACGAUACGCUGGAGAAGUGGACGGGCGAGCGGCCCAAGGGCAAGAGACCGUGGGAGGAGUAA